AUGAGUGUUGCGGUGAGGAAGUCCUCGCCGGCGGUCAUCAGACCACCGGAGCCGGUGACAAUGACGAUGAGUGGUGCUGGUGCCAUAAAGCUCACACCUUUCAACAGGGUUUUUGUCGAGGUUCCAUUCACAGUGUUGCUCGUGUUUGAGCAUCUGAGCCAUGAGGCCGUUGAGGGCGUAAGGAGGGCGCUGUCCCAGGCACUUGUCCACUACUACCCAUUUGCUGGUCGCAUUUUUUCAUCUGGAGCCGGAUACGACGGAUUCAACAUCCGGUGCACUGGCGAGGGUGUGGAAUUCGUCACCGGAUCAGUCGACUGCGGCUUGACGGAAGCGAAGAUCUUCAGCGAACUGUCCGGCGCCAAGGCCCUCCUCGAUGAGCUCGUCAUCUACUACCCGGUUGGGAGCUAUGGCUCUGACGACCCUCUGCUGUCCAUGCAGGUGACCGAGUUCUCUUGCGGCGGGGUCGUCCUCGGGGUGACAUGGAACCACGCCAUCGCCGACGGCGCUGGCAUCGCCCAGUUCCUAGCCACCGUAGGCGAGCUCACCCAUGGGCAGCCGUCACCGUCGAUCCUUCUGGCCAGGUGCGAUGACACUGUCUCCCGCCUCCCUAUGCUGUCGAAUCCGAUAGUGGAGGCCGUGUUGGCGUACCCUGAGUCACUGGACAUGGAGCUUGUUGUCCCCCUCGAGGUCACGGUCCCCUCGGCCCUGAUCGACCUCGUCAAGGCAUAA